CAUUUAUACCCAGCACGUUUAAAUGUUCAAAGGAGCUGUUGAGAAGUUUUUUUUCAGAAAUACUCGCGAUGAAGUUCAAUGGAAUUUUUGCGGUGUUCGUUGUGAUCUUGUGCAGUCAAAAUAUCUCAGGGCAAGAAAAUACUUUCACUCCUUGGGGAGCAUGGUCCCCUUGUUCGGUAUCUUGUGGUGGUGGGUAUCGAUGGCGAGAAAGAGAAUGCUUUGACUGGAACARUGUACAUUGCAUUGAUGAUGGUCUAUGGCAAACUUCAGAUUGUAACACACGGCCAUGCCGAAGUGAGCCCGUUCACGGCCAAUGGGGAGGAUGGGGAAGGUGGAGACGUUGUUCUGUUACAUGUGGAGGUGGUGUCCAGUUAAGACGCCGUGCUUGUAACAAUCCCCCUCCUUCUCAUGGAGGGCGAAGAUGCCAAGGAUCGAACUCACAAACACGAAGGUGCUCAACAAAUGCAUGUGGUCCCGUCCACGGUGAAUGGUCUCGAUGGGGAAGGUGGAGACGUUGUUCUGUUACAUGUGGAGGUGGUGUUCAGUCRAGAACYCGUACUUGUAAUAAUCCCCCUCCAUCUCAUGGCGGACGAACAUGCCGAGGAUCAAACUCGCAAAGACGACGGUGCUCAACAAAUUCAUGUCGCUGCAGAGGUGGGCAGAGCGUUUUUGAUAGAUGUGGGCAACGAUGCAUCUGUUCAUCAAGGGGUACACUAACACAAUGCACAAGAAUAAGGCGAGAAUUUACAUCCAUGUCAGCAGCAGAGCGAACGCGUUAUAUAAACACUAUAAAAACAGCUUCAACAGACCGAAGAUACAAGAACCGCUAUGAUCGUCUUCUAACUUUACAUCGAAACAUAUUUAACACUGGGAUUCAUGGUGUCAAUCAUUUCCUUCCAUGGCAUCGUUGGUUUAUCGUUCAGUACGAAAAUUUGCUUCGACAAGUCGACUGCAGAUUUACCGUGUCGUACUGGGACUGGUCAGUUGUAGCAGGACGGCCUUGGGGAACAUCAUCAAGAGAUCUCUGGUUUUCAGGAAAUAGUGGCUAUGGAGGGAAUGGGGUUCAACCAAGACAAUGCGUUCGAAAUGGUCCUUUCAGAGAACAAAUUUGGCAGCUAAUUCCAUCCGUUGAUGGUCCUAGAUGCCUGAGAAGAGAUUUUAGUAGAAAUCCUCCCACUGCUGUCGAUGUGGCCCUUCUUCUAAAUACAAAUCCUUCAAGGUUUGCUGACUUUGAACGUUUAUUGAGAGUACAGUUCCAUGACAAUGUGCAUUGUUUGAUUGGUGGUACCAUGUGUAACCAAGAUUCAGCCUCGGCUCCAGAGUUCUUUUUGCACCACGGUUUCAUCGAUAAGAUCUGGGAGGAUUGGCAAAGAAGAAGCAAUGCCCAUCGGACUUCAUUUUUCCCUACAAUAAACGAAAAUAUGCCUGGUACAACGCUUCGUCCUGGAGUUCUUAUAAACAAUCUAGCAUUACCAGGCGGUGUAAGAGCUGUGUAUGCCCCCAUUGCCAACCAGCAAGUCCGAAACAUUGAACGAAGACUAAGACAUUUCAGCACUUCAAAACUUCAAAGGAUCCCUCGCAUCGAGUCUUCAMCGCUUCUUAACAAAACCAUUGAAUUAUUCAAGAUAAGUAACCAAGAAGUGAAAAAACUGCAUAAACUGGUAAAACAACUGCUUCAUCAAAGAGUAAGACACCGCUUACCAUCAAGUCWUAAACCUAUUGAUGUAAGGCUGGGCUUCAAUCAUAAAUUCGCGAACUCGUGAUCAUAUAUUGUCUACACUGGCGAUUGUGUAAACUAAUUAACYUUAAUUUUUAAAGCAAACGUAGUAUUUUGUUGUAACUUUGUUGUUUCUAAAACCGUCAAUAAAAAAUAAGAGCGAUAUUCAUCAAA